UCAUACCGAGGAAUGGCAUUGCUGCACAUCAGAGCACAUAACAACACUUUCACUGGGAGAAUUCACACAGCAACAGCGUCUAUUUACAAACGCACCGCUGCACAAUAUAACACAACAUCUUUAGAAAAACAAUUCAAAAGGAGAUAUCACAUAAACAUAAAUUCAUACUGCAGCACAUUAUUUGAGAACUGGAGCCGAUUAAGAAAGAACAUAUACAAUUGUAACGUUUAACUGAAAGAAUUAAUGCGCAAGCAUGUUUUUUUUUUUUUAUUUAUUUAUUUUUAAAUUAUUUUUCUCAAUUGCGCCAUUGCCCAUUACAGCACGGCAUCUUUAUUAAGAGAUAUCAGACGGGAAAUUGAGAAUUCUGCAGCACUGAACUAACUAGUGGAACUGACACUUAUAAAUAAACUUUAAUGGCAAUUCAAAAAUAAACAUUUCCGAAUACACAGCUACACUGCCGCACACGCACAAAGAGAGCUCGUAUGUGUUAAAACGCAGUAAUUUUCACGCUACAUUAAAAAAAGAAAAAAAGAAAUACACUGCAUCUGGAUGUACUGCGGAGCAGAGGAAGAAAUGAUGGAACCGAGACAAUAACAUUGUAUUGCACUUUGCUACUUACGAAACGAUAACGGUACCUUUAAAAAGAUUGAAAGGAAGGGAACAUAUAAUCCACAUUACAACUAAAACAGGCAGAACACAAUCGUUUUUGCAACUUACAACUACAAAGCUAGCUUGAUGUUAUUUAUAUAACCUAAUUACAAACUUUCGCUGAGAAUAGUCGUCAUUAAUUAGGUGCUUGAAAACUCGACUUGGGAAUCUGCUAAAAAGUAUAACGUUCACAGCAGAAGUAGGUAACAUUUCAGUACAUAGCUUAAUUAGAAAAAUGGCAGUAUUUUAGAAGGGAAUCGUGCACACAAUACAUUUCUGUUUUGCUAAAAUACAUUAGUAUUAUACAAUUUCUUUAUACCUGAGGGUUGCAUAAGAUUGCAAAACUUUAUGAACAACAAAUUACUCGCACUUUAGUGGUAGUUCAAUUGAGAUACAAGACAGGAGUAGGUCAGAAUCUGAAGUCUUGUAAAGUUAUUGUUAAAGACCCACUUUAAAUUUCUCGACUGAAUCCACUAACACUGUUUUUGAGACACUGAAAACUUAGCAUCAAUGUUAACAUCUUGAAAGCUGCACUAGCGCGUUUAUUUAAACAGAAAUCAAGACGUAUAAUGGCUGAAGAGUUGGUAACCAUCACUAAUGGGAUUGUGGUGUGACUUGCUGUGCUGGAGGGAAGGCUGUUAUUCUUGUACAUAUCCACACAGUCUCGGUUCGUGUUUAGUUUCUUGGAGCGGGGAUGAUCAGAAUCUUCCCGGAUUUCAGUGUUCAGGUGACGGCUGCGGCCGGUGGAGGAGCCGUUGGAGUGCCAGCUGGUCCCGGGGUGGGGAGAGUCCCCGGUACUGCAAAUGGCAACCCUCAAAACGUCCAGGGCAUUACUUCAUAUCAGCAAAGUGACCCCUACUGGGAGAGGCCAGCUAAUGCCAGCUCCUGUUCAGCUUCUAGGCCCAAGACACUCCACCUUGGAGGGCAACAACAUACCUCAUCACCAUGGUUGCAAGCAUUGAGAAAAGAGAAGUCGCGAGAUGCCGCCCGCUCCCGCCGUGGAAAGGAGAACUUCGAGUUCUACGAGCUGGCGAAGCUCCUGCCGCUCCCAGGCGCCAUCACCAGCCAGCUCGACAAGGCCUCCAUCAUCCGCCUCACCAUCAGCUAUCUUAAAAUGCGAGACUUUGCCAAUCAAGGGGAUCCCCCCUGGAACCUGAGGAUGGAAGGGCCUCCACCCAAUACCUCUGUGAAAGCUAUAGGAGCCCAACGCAGGAGAAGUCCCAAUGCUAUGGCUUCUGAGAUUUUUGAACAACAUCUGGGCAGCCACAUUCUGCAGUCUCUGGAUGGAUUUGUAUUUGCACUAAACAAAGAAGGAAAAUUUUUAUACAUCUCUGAAACAGUGUCUAUCUACUUGGGACUAUCACAAGUGGAGCUGACAGGCAGCAGUGUGUUUGACUACGUUCACCCAGGAGACCAUGUGGAAAUGGCAGAGCAGCUGGGCAUGAAGCUUCCCCCGGGACGAGGCCUGCUCUCGCAGGGCACAGCUGAGGAUGGCGCCAGCUCAGCAUCUUCAUCUUCGCAGUCCGAGACCCCCGAGCCAGUGGAAUCCACCAGCCCCAGUUUAUUAGCUCCUGACAAUAUGCUGGAGCGCUCGUUUUUUAUACGAAUGAAAUCUACACUGACCAAGAGAGGAGUCCACAUCAAAUCAUCUGGAUACAAGGUUAUUCAUGUAACUGGACGCUUACGGAUUAGGUUGUCCCUGACUCAUGGACGCACGGUCCCCAUUCAGAUAAUGGGGAUGGUGGUCAUUGCCCAUGCUUUGCCUCCUCCAACAAUCAACGAAGUUAGAAUCGACUGCCAGAUGUUCGUCACCCGAGUAAAUAUGGACCUCAAUAUUGUUUACUGUGAAAAUAGAAUUAGUGAUUACAUGGAUCUGACUCCUGUAGACAUUGUGGGCAAGAGAUGUUAUCAUUUCAUUCACGCUGAAGAUGUGGAAGGGAUCAGACACAGUCACUUAGAUUUACUGAAUAAGGGCCAGUGUGUUACCAAGUACUAUCGAUGGAUACAAAAGAAUGGAGGGUAUAUCUGGAUCCAGUCUUGUGCCACUAUUGCCGUUAAUGCCAAGAAUGCCAAUGAAAAGAAUAUCAUCUGGGUCAAUUAUGUACUCAGUAACCCAGAGUACAAGGACACUCCAAUAGAUAUUGCACAGCUUCCCAGUCUCCCCGAGAAAGCCUCGGAAUCCUCAGAGACCUCUGAUUCCGAUUCUGAUUCCAAGGAGAAUUCAGAGGACAAUGAGAACUCCAAGUCUGAUGGGAAGGGGAACCAGUCUGAGAACAGUGAAGACCCUGAGUCUGAGAGCAAGAAGCAGCCAGGGAGCCAGUCGGACAGUGAGAUGAACUGCAAUGAGGACGGGAACAGCUCCAGCAACCAGGAGAGUCGGGACAGUGAGGACAGCUUCGAGCACUCUGACUUUGAGAGCAACAAGGCUGACGAGGUGGACAGCUACGACACUCUGGGCUCCAUGCAGAUCAAGGUGGAGCGAUACGUGGAAGGAGACUCUGAGCUCCGGCUGCACAGUCGCGAAUCAGUGACCUCAGACAGUGCCAAGGACUCGGAUAGUGCGGGGGAAGCAGGCACACCAUCUUCCAGUAAGCACCAGAAGAGGAAGAAGAGGAGGAAAAAACAGAAAGGAGGCAGCGUGACCAGGCGCAGGCUCUCCAGUACGUCGAGCCCCAACGGGUUGGACCCAGCAUUGGGGGACCAGCCCCGGCUGCUCUCCUCACCAAGCAGUGCCUCAAUGCUCAAAAUCAAAACUGAAAUCUCAGAACCUAUCAACUUUGACAAUGAUAGCAGUAUUUGGAACUAUCCUCCCAACAGGGAGAUCUCAAGGAACGAAUCCCCCUAUAGUAUGACCAAGCCCCCCAGCUCCGAUCACUUCCCUUCUCCACAGGCCAGCAGCAGUGCUUUACACGUCGCCAUUCCUGACUCUGUCCUCACCCCACCAGGGACUGAGACAGCUGGCAGCUGCAAACCUCAGUUCAGCAGCAGCAGCAGCACCUCCUCCAGCGCCACCAGCCUGGCGCCCGUCUCCUCGGACCCUCUGUCCCCGCCUCUCUCGGCUUCCCCUCGAGAAAAGCAGCAGGGAACUCCAAGUACUUCCAGCUCGUUACUAUACACUGGGGACCUAGAAGCCCUCCAGAGGUUACAGGCUGGCAACGUGGUUCUUCCACUGGUUCACAGGGUAACAGGGACCCUCGCCACCACCAGCACCUCCGCACAAAGGGUCUAUACCACUGGCACCAUCCGUUACGCUCCAGCUGAAGUAACCUUAGCGAUGCCGGGCAAUUUGCUCCCAAACACUCAUGCAGUUAACUUUAUGGACGUCAACAGCUCCAGUUUUGGGCUCGACCCCAAGACACCCAUGGAGAUGCUGUACCACCACGUUCACCGGCUGAACAUGUCAGGGCCGUUUGGAGGAGCGGUGAGCGGAGCCAGUCUGACCCAGAUGCCUACAGGGAAUGUCUUUACUACGGCAGAGGGACUAUUCUCAACUCUUCCAUUUCCUGUGUACAGCAAUGGAAUCCACACCACACAAACUCUUGAAAGAAAAGAAGAUUAAAAAUAUAUAACAAGACCAUAUUACUGUGUUAAACAUUCAAAGACUCUGAGGCAUAAGACUGUGUUUAAAUUUGGGAGAAAAAAAAGUUGUAGCACUUUGAAUUUGAGCAAGUUUGCUCAUGUUAUUGAAUUGAAUGGUCCCCAUGUCUCUCUCUCUCUCUCUCUCUCUCUCUCUCUCUGUAUCUAUGUCUUUCACGGUCUUUAGGUCUUUCUCUCUGUCGAACUAAAACAAAUUAUUAUUUAAUGUAAAGAGUUACUUUUUUGCCUUCAGAGAGUCAAAUGUGCCAGAUUUAUGCUCUUUGUCUUCUUCUAAGAUGUGUGUUUUUCUUUUCUUUGCAUCUUUAUGAUGAUGCUUCAGUUUAUAUGUCUGCCAUAAGAUACUAACACAUAAUGGUAAAGAUGUUUUCAAUAAGUAAAACCUGUUGGUUUUUAAUCUAUAUCUUGAUAUGAUCAAGGUGCCCUGUUUGACUAAGUUAAACAGAAGGGGCUCUUAUCCUUAGUUCCUUUUCUGAUUUGAGGGAUAGUAUUUUAGAAAUUUUAUGCAGUUUGAUUCUCUUUUUAUAAGUCAGAUGUUUCUGACUUGCACACACUUAAAGCAAUUUGAGUUAAUCCCUGGCCUGUGAGUAGAAUGUUGGAAAAAUUAUUUAAAAACAAAAAACAAAAAAAGAUGGACGUGUUACUGCAACAUUUAUAUCUCUUCAAACAAAACGAUGGUGCUACCAUUCAGCCUGUUUGUUCAACAUGCAGCUCGUAUGUGAGGGUAUGUUUGGUUAAAAAAGUUUUAUACUGGUCUCUAGUUUGUUGCUGCAGCCUCUCAAGAUUAGAGUAUCGUACACAAAAAUAAUAAUAAUAAGAAUUUAUGUCUGCUGCAGGAUUUGAACUCUUGUCUCCAAACUAAUAAACACAGCCUCAUGUUAACCUUGUAUUGGGUUAGUAAGCCUUUUGGAAAUGUUUAAUGAAAACUCAAUCAGAUUGAGUUCAGAUUGGAAUUAAGAAAUUUUUAUUUUUAUUUUUUUCAUUCUUAAAUAUUGUUUUCUCAGUAUAGCUGAGGCUAAUUUUCAACAUUAACCUUGAAAGAGUUUUUAAAAAAUGUUCAUUUUUUUAUUUUUGAUACUUUAUAUUUUAGACUAACUCUGUUUUUGCAUACAUUUGCUCUCAGAAAGUAUAGAUUGGGUCUAUCAGAUUGUAAUAGGUACAUGCAAUUAAAAACAAAACAAAAAAAUCAAAUAACAUGUCAAACAAAAAGUACACAUCCUAAUUCUCUCUGUUGCCAAAAAAAUAUAUAAAAAAUGUAACAAAUAAAUAUCACAGCUCAGUGUUAAAAAAGCCAUUUGUGAUUAUUGUUAAAAAAAAAUAAAAAAAAUACGAAAAAGCUUAAAAAAAAUAAUAAUCUUCCGCUCCAUCUUUUGGCAGCCAUUCAUAAAGGCAUCUAAAUAACAAAUGUGAGAUCCGUAAUGUGUACAAUGUGUAAGUGUCCUUGGCUGUCAGUCUUAUUGCAAUUUCAGUGUGUGCUACUAUAUGCAGUAUAUACUAAGCCGAUGUAGCUGUUUUGUCCUUUGUCUUCUCUGUGCUUUAUCUCUAGUCUGGGGUGGUCAAUUUCCACUCCUACAGUCCUAGUGAAACAGUGAUUCUUGGGGUUAGUGUUUAUUUGUGUGGUGGCCUUCCUCUGUCGUGUCACCUUUUGCUGCUUCCUUUGUCUGUAUUUAUGUUUCUGCUAUUGCUUUGCUGUUGUGUAGUCUACAGACCUCUUUCUCUCAGAGAUAAAAGACUCUAGCUCAAGGUUUUAUGGAGCCAUUUUUCCCCACAGAGGAAUUUCUGGGUAUGACUUCAGUUUCCAGCUUGCAACACAUUUACACUUAAAAUAAUAAAAGCGCUUUAGAUGUAUGUAAAAGACUAAUGCCAUAAAGCCUCAGUUGUAAAAACAUUCCCAGAGUCCCUUGUGCUUAUCUUGUACGCAUUGGGUGUAUUUCAUUGGUUUCCACCAACAACAUAAGGUGAAGAUGUUGCGGAACAAAUCAAAUUUAAACAUUUCUUAAAGAAAUAAAAAUGUUUCACACUAUAAAUCUAUUUUUAUAGAUGUUUUGGAAAUGCAUGUUUAGUAAGUUGAUCGUCUCGUUUACUUGAUGUUGUUCUUUGCAGUGGUUUUGUCGACAAGCGUCUUUUUUUUUUAGUCUGUCCCGCACAGUAGAGCCAGUGAAAUGACAUAUCUAACCAUCACUGUGUCUUCUUUUACCUGAGCCAGGCAACAAGAGAACAAUUUCUGGGAACGUGUCUGUUUUGUUUUUCUUGCCAAGGUAUAAAUUUACCAACAGAACUGGGAAGGGUUAAUCAGAGAACAAUGCAGUCUCUGUAAAUGUCACUGGAAUGUAGGAUAACUCAUUGUCAUUACAUGGGUUUGCUAGCUUAACUGAUUUUAGUAUUUUCUACAUAAUGAGAAAGGGCAGGGCAUCUCAUAUAAGGCAAUGUGGAUAUCCCAUGAAAUACACCCAUAUGUUACAAAUGAACAGCAGAAAAAAAAGCUGUUUUAAUGUUUGUGUUGUGUCAAAAUAAUUUCUGGUGAUUUAAACUAACAAAUAAUCUCAGCUGCUGUCAAAAUACAUAAUGUUUAAAUUACAAUAUGAAAAAAAAACACUUAAUUACCUGUGAAGACUGUGUCUGUGUUUUUAUCUAUUUCUUGUACAAUUAUACAGAUUCUUUUAUGAGGAAAUUGGUGCCAAGUAGCUGAAUAAUGGGGAAAGGGAUUCUCUUAGUAUCAAUGUUAACAGUGUUACAAAUUCUAAAUACAAACAAAUUAAAAUAUUAAAAAGAGAAAACAAUGGUACAUUUUAUUUUGUGGUUUUAAAACGUAUAACUAACAGAAGCUAACUUUGAGUGCCUGGCUUAUUUUUUAAAACAUCUUUUUUCAUUGACCAUGGAUAAUGCUGCAAAUCAGAAAUGUACAUACUUCAUUUACCACAGGGUUAUUUUAUACUUUUAUAGAUUUCCAUCAGUUCAAAGAAACAUGUCAUACAUGGUUGUCUUUAUGUAACUCAAUUUUUAUCAUCCUGCAGGUGCCAUAUUCAUAAUAAACUUCUCUUGGAUUUGUU